GACAAGGCAGAUUAAAGCCGUGCAGUGAUAGCGAUAUCGGUGUGUGCGAGGGAGACAGGGAAUCAACACGCGAGAGAAAGAACAGAGACAGAGGUAGUGCCGCGAUGUGGGAUAGUUGCGAUGAGAGUGAGUGCAGUGAGUUGACUUCGAUAAGGACGAUUGAAUUCGUGAAGCCCGAGAUGUUCGAGCCUACGGAACAGGGAAAGGAUCUCUGCAUCCAUACAGGCGUUGUACUUCGUGGAGCAAAUGCUAGAGAAGAUGAGGUUCAUAGUUCAGGGACACUUAACAUUGUGCAAUAUAGUUUUGGCAAAUGCAUAGAAUGGAAGCCUAUAGAAGAUUCUGUUGUAUCAGAAUGUCAAGAUCAAGAUCCAGAGUGGUCCUUAGUGGACACACAUACAAGAAGAACUCGUACAAACUCGGAAGGUCCAGACUCUCUUGGACGUACGAGAACUGUUAAAAUAUUAUUCUCAGAUUUAAAGUCAUUUCGAGUGAAUCACGGUGGACAACAACUUAUAUUUAUGCAGAGAGAUGGUACCACCUAUGUUGCCUUCUUUCAGCUAUGUAAUGCUGAAAGUUUUGUUAAUUCAUUGAAGGGAUUUAUUAAAUUCGUAAAAUCACGUUCGGAUAAGAACUUGUAUCUUGUUCUGGAUGAAGUUGAGACUGUGUUAAAGAAAUCCUUUGCCGAGUUGGACCUGUUUCAAGAAAAUACUUCUGAUUAUGUAUGGAAGUUUGUAAAAAACUUACAUAAUCGCCCUUAUGAAACAACAUUGGAGGCUUUCAGUAAACUUGCAGAUAUUUGGUUGUAUAAAGAGCCAGUCAAACGGCCUGUUGAAGAGGCAGUCGCCGAUUUGUUAAAUCAGUCUCUUACAAUCGAUCCUCGUCCACGUGUAUCUGUAUCUGUAUCUGGAGAAGGAUCCGGAGAAGAGUACGAAGUAAUUGGAGUUGGAGUGGAUUUACCUCCGCGACCACCAUGUCCGCGUGGUGCACCAUUGACACAAGAACAAUGGGAGAAAUGUAAAGAUUCAGAAGGAAGAAUUAUUAAUCCAGAGGCUAUCAAAGAAAUCAUUUUUCGCGGAGGUAUUUUUCCUUCACUGCGUUUUGAAGUAUGGAAAUUUCUAUUGAAUUAUUAUCCAUGGAAAUCGACGCAUAAUGAAAGAUUAGAAUUAAAGAGGAAAAAGACUGAUGAAUAUUUCACGAUGAAAUUGCAAUGGCGUACAUUCACGCCCGCGCAAGAGACUCGAUUUUCCGAUUAUAGGGAGCGAAAAAGUUUGAUAGAGAAGGAUGUAAAUAGAACAGACCGAACACAUCCUUAUUAUGCAGGAGAUAAUAAUCCUCACUUAGAACAACUGUAUGACAUACUCAUGACCUAUGUAAUGUACAAUUUUGAUUUAGGAUAUGUUCAAGGUAUGAGCGAUCUCCUUAGUCCUAUCUUAUUUUUAAUGGAUAAUGAGGUUGAUGCAUUUUGGUGUUUUGUUGGAUUCAUGGAUAAAGUGAGCACCAAUUUUGAGAUGGAUCAGAAAGGCAUGAAAGCACAAUUAUGCCAAUUGCAUACUUUAUUGUGCACUACGGAACCACAAUUGGCAUACUAUCUAAAUAGACAUGAUUCUGGCAACAUGUUUUUUUGCUUUCGAUGGUUGUUGGUACUCUUUAAGCGAGAAUUUAGCGCGAUCGAUAUAUUAAAAUUAUGGGAAAUACUGUGGACGGAUUUACCUUGUAAAAACUUUCAUUUGCUUAUAUGCGCAGCUAUUUUGGACACAGAGAAGAAUAUUUUAAUAGAAAAUAAUUAUGGAUUUACAGAAAUAUUAAAACAUAUAAAUGAUUUGUCACUUCAUAUUGAGUUACCUUGGACAAUCUCUAAGGCGGAAGGUAUUUAUUAUCAGCUUAUGGCUACGGAACAUCAGAUUCCUGAUGAUGUUCGUGUAAUUAUCGGAAUGGAGCGAUUGCAUAGAAUGACAUCGAUGAAUGGAAGCGAUGAUGAGGCAUCUGGUAAUAAUGCCCGAGUUAAUGGUACUCGAACUAAUAAUUCAAGGAGAAAUAGUUCAAGUAGCGCCAAUGUUAAAUUAGGAGAAGAUGAAGUAUCAUUCGAACGUGGGUUGAAUACGACGUAUAUGUGAGGUCUGGACUGGAGCUUUAUAAUGAUUUACUAAUAGAAAACUGAUUGAAAGUCUCUCAAUUCGAAGAAUCAAAUAUCUAUUACAGUUUUUAUUUGAGGUCUUAUACAUAUGAUUUCAAAAAUAUUCUUGACAAUAAUUUCCAUGCGCGGCUUUCAACGAAAUUAGAUAAGAAAUAAACAAUGCUUUGAAAAUGCUUUAAAAAAGCAUAAACAACAAUAGCACCUUUCUAAGCAUAGUAAUUAAGUUUUUUUCGAUUGAUAGUAGAUGAAGUACUUUUUUUUAAAUAUUGUGAUUGACUGAUUGUGAUUAUAAGCUUGAAAUUCUAAAGCAUAAAAAAAUGAAUGUAAUGGAUACAUUCUCAGAAGUAAUUAAGGAGUGUGUUGAAUUUUGAGAUAUUUAUAAGAUUUACUGUAUAGAGCGACAAAAAGAGAGACAAUUAUUAUAGUGUUUGUGUGUGCAAAAUAUGUAUAGAUAUUUCAGUGCAAAAAAAAAACUGUCUCACUGUAAAUGGCUGUAAAAUGCGACUUUUGAAUGUGCUGAAACAGGAUAAAGAUAACAUCUCCAGAUCUUGAUAAGAGUGUUAUAUAUACAUAAUUUUCGCUUAAGUUAGUCUCUUUUUUAGAUUUGUAUAAAACCUCACAACAUAUUACUGUAUAUUUCUAAUAAAAAUCAUCUAUUUAAUCUUUCAUA